AGGCCACCUCACCCUCACAGAUGUGAGGAAAACCUCAAAGCCUUUGGCCUCAGCAAAGUGCAGCAUUCCCUCACCCCGCUCCGGUGCGGAAUUCCUGGGUGUCUCCUGGGCUCCCGCUCUGGAAGGCUGCCUUGCCAUUUCAGGUUUUGAUGGCACUGUGCACGUGUAUGACACUCGGAGCUGGGACAGCUCUGCCAGGACACCAGAACCAACCUUUGUCCACAGAGGCCACAUGUUUGGGGAACAGGACAGCAAUGGAGACCCUCCCCUGGUCACAGCCCACGCGUGGCACCCACAGAGACCAAGAACUUUACUAUCAGCAGCCAGUGAUGGUUCCCUGCACAUCUGGGACUGGGUUCAGCCCGGGGAGACGUGUGGGUAG